UUCAAAAUGGGGGGAGAGAAGAAGCCACCCCAGGCGAUACAGGCCCAGAAACUGGCUGGAAUCUUGCGGGAGGACAGUGAAGGGGUCCUAGUAAUUGAUUGCCGAUCUUUCACGGAGUACAACAACCUCCAUGUAGUGGGUUCCGUCAACCUCUGCGGCUCCAAGCUGGCCAGGAAACGUCUUCUAAAAGAGCUCCUAGGGCUGCCUCAUCACCCUAAGAUUGACCCUUCUUUUGAGAAGCAAGUUGUGGUAUAUGAUCAGGGCAGUCAAGAGCUAUCUGCUGGCCAUUUUGUCUCAUUGGUGGUGGGGAAACUGGAGAAAAAAUACAGCUCAGUUUCUCUUCUAGAAGGAGGGUUUGCAAACUUCUCCUUACAGUUCCCCAACUUGUGUGAAGGGCGAACCUCGAAUAUUUUUCACACCAGCAUAUCCCAACCCUGCCUGUCCACCUCAACAGUGUCUGUUACCCGUAUCCUGCCGCACCUUUACCUUGGCUCCCAGAAUGAUGUCAUGGAUCAGGAGGUGAUAAAUCAGAAUGGUAUCACUCACGUCCUGAAUGUUAGCUACAGCUGUCCAAAGCCGGUCUUCAUCUCCGAUAACCACUUUCUACGAAUCCCCAUCAAUGACAGCUACUGUGAGAAGAUUCUGCCAUGGCUGAAUGCAGCUGUUGAGUUCAUAGGAAAAGUGGAGCUGGUUAAUGGCAAAGUGUUGGUUCAUUGCCUUGCUGGUAUUUCCCGCUCUGCAGCAGUGGCUAUUGCUUAUAUCAUGAGGUCGAUGGGACUUUCUCUUGAUGAUGCUUACAGGUUUGUUAAAGAAAAAAGACCCACUAUUUCUCCAAACUUUAACUUUUUGGGACAGCUUCUUGAAUAUGAAAUAAGUCUCGCCAACUCACAGCAGUCACAUUCUCUAAGUCCAGUUCAAUUCGAGAGCUCCAUGGAUAGAGCAUGCACUGAUCAGUUACCUGAUGGUAAGCUGACAAAUAAGGAGCAGAAUUGCCAAAAUAAUCAUAUCACCUCUACAUCGCAGGAUAUAGAGGUGGCCAUAGAUGCGAACAAAAUGGAUGAAACCUUGGGAAAAGAGGAGUCUGAAUCCACUUUGACCGGCAGGUUUACCUCCAUGGGAAUUUCCUCAUACCAACGACAUGAAAUUAGUAGCUUAAAGCGCUCUUUCUCCCUGGACAUUAAAUCUGUGUAUACUUCCUUAUCCUCCUCUACAGAGGCAAACAAAAAUUGUUAUCAGCCUUCCAGGUCUCAGCUUGUCCCCUCAAAACCCAUCUCCUCUAAACCAGUGGGACUGUGGGAUCGUUUCCUUGGUUUUGGACUUAAUUUCCUUUACUUCUAUUCUGAAGAAGAAGAAGCACAAGAAAACCAAUCCCUAGGCCACGGGGUAAGACCAAAUGGAAAUUGUGAGCAAAGUGAGGUUCCAGAAAACUUAAAAAAGAGGAGAGCAAACACAAAAACCCUUGACAAAGGACCUUCUCGUCCAUUCACGCUCAAUAUUCCCAGCUGUAAAAGUCAAACGUUCUUGAAGGAGAAGUCUUUGGAAGUUGGCUCACAAGUAAGGACAAUCUCUCCAGUUCCUCUGUGAGGAACCUCUUCCAGCUUUUCAAGAAAGACAUUUGGGAUCUAACAAAUGAACAGAACAUUUUUAGGUCUUGCUGGUUUCUUUUUUUCCCCCCCAGAUUCUUUCUUUUCCGCAUGUUCCAGACCCAUGGCAGAACUGAAUAGCAUGCUGAAAAUGUAAUGUAUUUUCAAAUGUUUCUUCAUAUUGAAUGAGCAAAACAAGAACUCUUUUUGUGGGCAACAGGCAAGACUUUGGUUCAGGUGAUGGUGGAAUUGCCAAAACUGGAGAUUUGUCCCUAUU